UAACCAUAACCAUAAUAGGCCUUAAAAAGAUUUUGUUUGUAUUAUUUUUCUAUUAACAAAACAACAGCUCAGUUUUCUCUUUGAAUCUGAAUUAACAAUUCCUCUCCUCAGUCACCAUUAACACAGAUUUGUGUGUUAUGGAUGAUUAAGGACGUGGUAUAUAUAUGUAGUUCUGUUGGCCAUAAAGUAAAAAGUCAAUCAAAUACUGGAGCAAAACUUCAACACAAUUGGUAUAAUGGCUACUGAAGAGUUGACUGAAACUAAAGAAUGGCACGUCGUAAAGAACUGGCGGAAUGCACAGAAAGAAAAAGAGAGAGAACGUCGUCGAAUUCGCGAUAGAUUGAGAAGGCAAACAAUGAGCAACGAGGAGAGGGAAAAACAUUUAGCUAGACGUCGAAGAAACUACCAAUUGAGAAGACAAAAAGUGUUGAACAAUUCAUUUUCGUCUUCUCAAAAUUAUGAUAGUACUACUAGUGCAGGAUACUCUAAUGAAGAAGAAAAUCAAGCAAAUGUCCCUGUUUCAGGACUUGAGGUUCAAUUAUCUGAUGCUACAUUUCAUCCUGAAUUCGGUAGCUCACAAGAAGAACCAGCUGAUGCAUCAAGUGCAUUGCAACAAGGAGUUGAAGAAAGGAGGUAUAAAGUGCAGAGGAAUCCAAAUAUUCUGCCUUUAUAUCAAAUAAGACAUCUUGCUAGAUUAUUGAAUUCUCUUUCAAGUGACAAUCAAGGCAUUGGGACCAGUUUGAUGUCAAAGGACAAUAUUACUACAGAGAGUAGAUCGCGACGGGGCAUAAGGUUAAUUGAUGUUAAACGUCUGGCUCGAGCGCUUAAUGCAAAUUGAAGAUUGGUUUCUCUUUUUUUUAAUAUGGAUUUUGCAAGAACUUAAGGUACCAUUUUAAGGUUAAAAAGUUCACACUAGUGUUUCAUAUUAGCUGCAUUGUUGUUGUUGGUAAUAACAUUUAAGGAUUAAAUUGCAGGGCUUUUUUGUGGAUGUUCAUCUUUUCUUGGUAUAGUACAUUAGAAUUAAAUGCCAAGAAAUGUGAUUGAGCACCUCCUUUGUGAACUUUGAUCUUUCAUACUACUACACAAUUAUUUUCUCUUUUACUCCUUGUACUGAGAAAAAUUUGUUGACAACUAUCAAAUGGACUCAUCUAAGCUUGAA